UUACUAUUUACACAAGAUCGCCGAGACCGUAUACCGAGCUAGCGAGGGGUUAUUUUUUAUAUUUAAUUGGAUGUUUACUCUCAAUUUGGAAUCAUUUACAUAAAAUUGCAAUUUUUUGAAGGAGCAACGAUCUUGUGAAGAUGCGAGAUAAAAAGAAAACCGUCGUUGUCACCGGGUUUGGUCCUUUUGGUGAGCACGAGGUGAAUGCGAGUUGGGUAGCGGUCCAAGAACUGAAAGAAUUGGGUUUGAAUGAGGAUAUAGAGCUUGUAGUAAAGGAGGUACCAGUUGUGUACGACGUUGUCGACAUUACAGUUCCGGCUCUAUGGAAGGAAUACAAUCCUGUAUUAAUGGUUCAUGUUGGAGUUUCUAGUGUUGCCUCAGAAUUAACUUUGGAGCAACAAGGUCACAACAAAGGAUACAACAAACCAGAUGUGACUAGCAAGUGUCCGGAAGCAAAGGAUUUUAACUGCAUCAUUGGUGGGCCAGACUGUAUCUUGAGUCAUAUCAACAUGGCGUUGGUGAGUGAUGAAGUGAACAGGAAGGAGAACUGCCCUGUCAAGGCUGUUGUAUCAUACAACGCUGGAAGAUACCUGUGUGGUUAUUGCUACUACUUAUCCUUACACCAAUCUUCAGACAGCUCUGUCUUUAUACACGUACCCCCACUAAACCAGCCAUACUCUGGUAUUGACCUAGCCAAGGGUCUACGCACAGCCCUUCUCUGUAUGCUGCAACAGAUUGAAGAGAAGAAUACCAAGUCAUGACGCUAUCCAAGGGACGAGCAGUCAUCUACGUUUUAGUUAGUUAGUUCAUUACCGUAGCAAACUUUAUCUUGUGUAGGCCCUCUGAAAUAUCAGCGAUGUGAUUUCCAUGCACAAAUUAGAUUUAUAUUGCUGUAAUGUUUAGCGGCAUUUUGACCCUUUUUUGGUACACAGUUUAUAAUAACACCAAAAUUUAUGUUAUGGUAAGGCGUUACCAUUUUCAUGAUUUCUAGAAAUAUGAAGUUUUUAGAAUUUUUAAAAUGAAACAGGCCAUUAUGAUUCCUGUUUUUCACUUUUUAAUGUAAAAGAUUUAUCAUAAGCUGUGUAUUUAGAAAUCAAUUUUUACCGUACACUUAAUAAGAAAAAGCAUUUUGAGAAUGGCAUAAGAUAUUAAUUCCUUAAAAUUAAGCUCUAUGAUUUAAGAUUUCAUACAUCAAAUUAUUUUUCUGUCAUUUUUAUCAAAAAGUGAAAUCAGCUCUAAUUGACUGAUAACAAGAUUUGUAUUGAAAUUACAAAUGCUAAAUGUUCAAUACUUGCCAAGAUUACGAGUCUUUAAAAAUGAUUGGUAACUGUAAGACUGAACUGAAACUCUUCUAUGCUGUUUAUAACAUUAUGUCGUCGUAUUAAUGGUGUUUUUAAUUGGCAGUAUUUGUACAUGUAGGUAUAGUAGUAAAAAAUCAACUUGUGCAAAAAAUGAAUUAACAUUAGCUAGCUAGAAUACUAGCGUAAAGCUGACAAUUAUUUUUACUCUUCAAAGAGAAAAUACUAGCUGCUAUGACAACAGAUUAAACUUGCUUUUAUGAACUGUAUUUAAUUCUAUAUGAAAUAAUGAACAACGAAUGCUUGCUUUUUAAAGAACUUCUUGAUGCCCAUUUCAUUAGUUUAAUAGUGGAUUAAAUAUUUAUCUCUUCUUUUUUGUCCUUUUUUCUCUCUCUUUCCCUCUCUCUUGUUUACUUGGCCUCUAUCUAUUUCCUCUUGGAAACCUGACUCUUUAUCUAUAGUUCACCGUAUGGUUAUUAUUACUAUGUGACUAUUAAAUCAACAUGUCUUUCUCCUUUGUUUCUUUUACAGUUAUUGGUAGAACUCUCAUUUUCAAUUUCUUGUUCCUCUUUCUUUGUGAAUGUGAUAUCUGCGGCAGAGUUUAAUCUUAACGAUAAACCUGUGAUGUAAAGAUGGACAUACACAUUCGUAAACUUGAACUUUUUUAUAUAAUAAUUGUGUGUGUGUAUGUGUGUGGCGUUCUGUAGGUAAAAUUUUAGGAAUAAUGUAGAUUGGUAUCAACAGUUUUCCUAUCAGCAGGACAAGGCUCUCAAACCUGUUGACUCCUGUAUUAUUGGUGAUGCUGAUGCUCAGCACUUUGAAUCCACAUGUAGGAAUUGUAAUGUAUGUAAAUCUGGAAAUUCAUUAAAGAAAAUGAAUGCUGUGAAACCCACCUACUUUUUAUAUUUAGAAAUUUACACAUGGUUUAUGACUACCAGUUUCAUGUGCUUGACAACCGUAUGAUUUUACAUUUGGGAUGUAAUGAUUAUUGUAUGUAAGUGGUAGAAAACAC